CAUCGCUCAUGCCCCCACCACGCAAAGGAAUAGUCAAAUCUGGGAAUGCUGGCAAUUCAGGAAAGUCUUCAAAGUCGGAGGAGGUUUCUCCAAGUACUACCAACGAUGCUGCAGGACAAAACCCGUUGUUUCCGCCCGGAUCGAAAUACCCUGCAAGCCUACUCCAUGAAAGGUGCCAGAAGAAUGGAUGGGAUAAGCCGGUAGUGGAUACUGUGAGCUGCUACAUAUGAAAGUAACUCUUACCCGCUCCGACUCGGUGGAUUCUUUGUCUAGCGUAAGCAACCUAAUGGAUGGUCGUUCGUAGUGACCCUCAGUAGAAUCAACAAGAAGACCUCUCAGAAAGAGACUGUGCGCAUGGAACCUCAUCCACCUUAUGUCUGCCCAUCCGCACUUGAAGCACGACAUUGGGGUGCUACUUAUGCUUUAUAUCGGGUUUGGUCACAGAAGUCUAUAUCUUAUACUUUCGCGUUAAUCCAGGCGAUUAGUUCUGUAAUGGGAUUCAGCUUAGUCGAGUCUUACCAAGAGGACCUGCCGAUUACUGGAAUCUACUCGCGACUGAGCAUAAGAAUGCACCCGAACACCAGAAAUGGAUGUACAACACGGACCCAUUCGCUGCUAAGAAAGAAGUAGAGGAGAGGCAAACUUGUGCCGCCGAAAAGCGUGCCAACGUGAGUUCAACAGCGGGAAACACAUCUCCAGAUUCUUCGAGUACCCUAAGCGAGUUUUCGCAAGCACCUGAAGUCCGAAUGGCCACAGGUCUACGUGAAUUUGUCGAGGAUGCCAUCAAAAAGGGCAUGUCCAUGUAUCCGGAGACAGUCGACCAGGCAGCCUUGAUUCUGCCAGAAGACUCUUGUCGUCAAGUCGAACAAGGUUUACUGAGGCUUGGUUUCACUGCGGCCCAGGCACGCAAUGCUGUUAAAUUCCUCUCCUCCCCUUCCUCCAUAGCGGCAACCUUGCUGGAGUCACUAUCACCUUUAGAAGCCAGCAUCGAAUAUUUAGUCCUCCACGUUCCGGAAUGCGACUUGCCUAAGAGAUUUCUUCCGUCCAGUAACUCUUCCAAUCCCUUCAUCACAUCAGCUCAUUCUGGUACGGAAGAUUUGAAGAAACGUUGGGCUGAGGACAAGGCGGUGAAGGUCGCAGGUUGGCCUCCUCAUCUGGUGAAAGAACUAACCUCGGAUCCCCGUCUAGUCGAGGAUUGGAGUCUCCUUAUCUCUGCUCUAGGGAAGAGAUUGGUUGGGGAGGACAUCGUGAAUCCGCCUUCUACGAUGGGUAUGCCUUAUGUCAUAGACGCAGAAGAGGCCUCGUCGCUAGGCGUCGAAUAUGAAGAUCCCAACCACCUCGUUAUGCCACUAUUCAGUGCACCUGCGUCGUUGCACGUAUUGGUAUCCCCUGAUGGAUCUUAUCCACGAGUCGGAAAUACACCUGUUUAUCUGACAUCAUCUUCAAUACCCUCAUAUGUGCGGCUACAUCUCCUAUCUCAACUGUUGCAAGCAUUAAAGGACCCAGAAUUUAUGUCGGACGGCGAGGGCUUUUGCAUGGCUGCAAUGCGACAUCUGGAAGACGCAUGGGCCUCGGUAGAAGCGGAAGGCCCUCCGGAUGUUUCAGAAGUGUUGAAACACAUUCUGCCGACUCGGAAAAUCUCUACUGUUGAACCACUUGACAUGGACGACGAUAAAAACGACUACAGCCCUACGAAGAAACAAAAGUCGGGAACUCGAAGGUUUGACCCACGAACCGAUGGGGAGGUCAGAGAGCAGUUCGAAUCGAUUUGUCGGAAUCCGAAGUAUGUAGAGUUGUUGGUUAACCGCAAAGACCUCCCGUCGUUCUCGACAAAACAACAAUUCCUGGACUUAUUAGAAAUGAAUAGAGUCGUUGUCGUCGUGGGAGAAACAGGUUGUGGGAAAACAACGCAGUUACCGCAGUUCAUUCUGGAUUCCCUCAUUCUCUCAAAUCAAGGAGCAAGAGCUUCUGUUCUGAUUGCUCAACCGCGCAGGCUUUCGGCCAUUGGAGUUGCAGCCCGAGUGUCUGCUGAACGGCUGGACGAUGGCUCCGUGGGUUAUGCUAUUCGUGGAGAGAGCAAGCAAAAUGUGAAGACAAAACUGUUGUUUUGCACAACUGGAGUGGUCCUUCGCCGUCUUAGUAUGAAGGAUAACUUGGAAGAUGUAACUCAUGUCGUGGUGGAUGAGGUUCAUGAACGAUCCCUGGAUGGAGAUUUCUUAAUGCUUGAGCUUAGGAACCUGCUCAAACGAAAUGCGAAAAUCAAGGUUGUUCUCAUGUCAGCGACAAUCAAUCACGAAAUGUUCAUGAGAUAUUUCAACGGGGCGCCCCUUCUCAAUAUUCCUGGCUCCGUUCAUCCCGUCACCGAUAAGUACUUGGAAGAUGUUAUACCCGCGAUACGUUAUGACCCCUCUGGAGCGAGUAACAAACAGGGCAAGGGCGACGCAGAAAAGGUGGAGAUGCUCAUAUCUCAAGGUGUCGAUGAGCGAAGCGCAUCUGCAAUAAUCAGAAUCAGUCGAUCAGAACGUAUCGACUAUCAGCUGAUCGCCGUUCUCGUGCGGCACAUCAUGGAUUGUGAACAAGAAAAGGGUGGCGUGUUGAUCUUCCUUCCUGGAGUCCAAGAAAUUCGGCAAUGCAUCGACGCCUUGAAAUCAGUUACAUCUUCUGCAGAGGCGGAUAUACUUCCACUUCACGCUAGUUUAUCAAACCAGGAGCAGAUGAGAGUAUUUGCGAAAACAAAAAGGUGGAAGUUGAUCGCCUCUACUAACGUUGCGGAGACAUCGAUUACCAUCGACGACGUGAUCUAUGUCCUCGACUCCGGAAAGGUAAAAGAGACCCAGUACGAUCAUGAAAUGAACUUGUCCAAACUGGUUGAGACGUGGGUGACACAAGCCGCUGCAAGACAACGGCGUGGACGAGCUGGUCGAACACGCCCCGGAAUUUGCUACAAACUGUACACUCGAGCCCAGGAAGAAAAAAUGAGCAGGUUCCCGGUACCAGAGAUCCUUCGUGUCCCCCUGGAAAAUAUAUCACUGUCGGUGAAAGCGAUGAGAGAAAAUGAAGACGUGAAGCUCUAUCUGGGACGGGCUAUUGAUCCACCUCCAUUGAAAGCGAUGGAAAUGGCGUGGUCAACUCUCGAAGAGCUAGGUGCCAUAAACGACGACGGAAAAAUAACAGCAUUGGGGCGUCAUAUGUCGCUGCUUCCUAUAGACCUGCGUCUUGCUAAGAUGCUUGUCCUCGGCACCGUCUUUCGCUGUCUCGAACCGAUGCUGAAAAGUAGGACGAGAUUAGUUGAGAACAGAUCGCUUUGAAGCACAGAUAAUCAAACUGUGGUUUAAUAGAUAUUGAACUGCAUAUAAUAUUAAAUUAACAUUAAACUAAAGAGCAAGUUCAACUGCG